AUGGCACAGCAGGCUGCUACCCUGGACGAGAAACGAGCUCCGGAGGAUGUUCCCACCUCCCCGACUUCUCUGGCUAGCCCUCAGAAAACAAAACCAGACUGGAGAUUAAAUGAACAGCAGGUUCUGCCAGAGAACAAGCUACCUAUCGUAUUUUUUGGAUUGAUGGCUUCUGUGUUCCUGUCCGCGCUCGAUCAGACGAUCGUAUCUACCGCCUUGCCUACCAUUGUCGAGAAAAUUGGUGGAGGUCGGGACUAUGGAUGGGUCGGAAGUGCAUAUCUGCUUGCCGCCGCCGCCCUCUCGACUGUUUACGGAAAGCUCUCAGAUAUCUUCGGCCGGAAGCCCGUGCUAUUUGGUUCCAUCCUGAUCUUCCUCAUCGGGUCCGCACUAUGCGGUGCCGCUCAGAACAUGACAUGGCUUGUCAUCUGCCGUGCCGUUCAGGGUAUCGGAGGUGGUGGCAUCAUGCAGCUCGUACAAAUCACCAUCUCAGAUAUUGUCUCUCUCCGAGACCGAGGGAAAUACGCGGGUCUCAUCGGAGCAACUUGGGGAGUCGCAAGUGUCAUUGGUCCCCUCCUUGGUGGAGUAUUUGCGGAGCACGUCUCGUGGAGAUGGUGUUUCUUCAUUAACCUGCCGACCGGUGGACUAGCUUUCGGUAUCUUGUACUUCUUCCUGAACCUCAACCCGCACCACGGCAAACCGCUUCGCGAGCAUGUCCGGGAAUUCGACUUCGUCGGCCUGAUCCUGGUCAUCGGCGGUGUUGUAUGUGUACUAAUUGGCUUCAACUUCAGCGAGAACUCCUGGGACUCGGCCGCUGCCAUCGCGCCGCUGGUAAUAGGCGUUGUCCUGCUGCUCCUCGCUACGGUGAACGAGAUAUACACGAAGAGGUCACCCAUCAUUCCGCCGCGCCUCUUCAAGGUGCGGACGACUGCCUUCAUCCUGAUCACCGUCUUCCUCCACGCCAUCGCCUUCUUCAGCGGUACAUUCUACCUGCCCGUCUACUACCAGGUGCUUGGCGCAUCGGCCACGAUGUCUGGCGUUAGGAUGCUCCCCUACUCCCUAGGCUCCUCGAUCAUGUCCGUCGUGUCCGGCCAAAUCGUUGCCAGGACUGGCCGCUGGAGACCCGUAAUGUGGGUCUCAUGGGGGAUGUUCACCCUGGGCUACGGCCUCAUGAUCAUGCUCAGCGAGUCAUCGUCAAACGGCGUCAAGGAAGCCAUCCCUCUCAUUGGUGCCCUUGGCCUGGGAUGUCUCUUCCAGGCGAGUAAUAUCGAUUCAGCGCCAGGAGCGCGAUGGAUGACAACAAUGCCAUUGAAGGACAUGGCUACCACUACGGCCACCUUCGGCUUCAUCAGGCUACUCGGCGGAACGUUGGGUGUCACGAUUGGCGACGCGAUCCUCUCGGGGGUCCUCCAACGGAAGGUCAAGGAUAUACCCGGGCUGGACAUCAACGUGUCUGCGUCGAAUUUGAACCAGUUUGUCCCGCAGAUUGGGUCGAUCUCCGACAUGCCGACCCGCAUUGCUCUUAUGAAGGCAUAUUGCGAGGCCAUCAGCACGAUUUGGAUCGUUGACACGCCAAUCGUUGGUGUUGGCUUUAUCCUAGUCUUGUUCCUGCGUGGAUAUACGCUCAAGCGGAACGUCGUCCGGGGCAGUCAGCAGCCGAACGUGGCCGACGUUGAGAAGGGCCAGGCGGAGGCUGUCGCAGAAGGCAACCCAGGCGACAUGCCGGUCAACCCGUCUGCUGGCGACGAUGACGCAACACAAGAAAGGACGCAGACGUCAAUAUCACGAGAAGACACCCGUACAAUUGCGGGUGGUGAGGAUUUGGGCCGCAAGAUCACCGACGUCGAGAAGCAGUAG